GCCCGGAUCCCAAUACGAUCGAGAAGUAGAGAACCCAUGCAUGCCUGCAUGGCGAUCCGAUCCAUAGUUUAGUAGAUUAAAAUUCUAGCCGACGGGCCGGGCAUUCCACGCCAACCUAUCACCACCGUUGGCUCUAGCUGGUAGUGGUAGGCUGGUAGCUAACAAUACGCACAAGUGCAGCAGCAGCAGUGGCAGGUAGCUCGCUAGCUCACACACUAGCCAGCAAGCCAAGACAAGAUGGUGGACAGCUGCCGCUGACGGGGAAGAAGAAGGACACCAAGGCACCCCACGCCGGCGUCAAGCGAUGGAGCUCCGUGGCCAGUGCCACCGUGGUGGUCUUGAUCAUGGCGACGCCGCCGCUUCUCUUCCUCCUCGGCGGCCGCCUCGGCGCGCCGGUGGUGUGGAUCAGGUCCACCGUGGCCAGCGUAGGCGCGUCACAAACGGUGGCUGCAGCAGAAUCCAAGAAAGACGCACUUCUCGGUGGCCUGCUGCUUCCAGGGUUCGACGAGCAGACCUGCGCCAGCCGCUACCAGUCCGUCUACUACCGCAAGAACCUGACCCGGCAGCCGUCGCCCUACCUCAUCAAGCGGCUGCGGGACCAGGAGGCGCUGCAGCGGCGGUGCGGCCCGGGCACCGAGCCGUACGCGAGGGCGUCGGAGCGGCUCCGGUCCGGUCAGACCGGCGCCGUCGACAACGACGACGACGGCGGCGGAUGCCGCUACCUCGUGCUCAUCUCCUACAGGGGCCUCGGCAACCGGAUGCUGGCCAUCACCUCGGCGUUCCUCUACGCCCUGCUCACCCGCCGCGUGCUCCUCGUGGACCGCGGCUACGGCAACACGCUGCCGGACCUCUUCUGCGAGCCGUUCCCGGGCACGACGUGGGCGCUGCCGCUCGACUUCCCGCUCGACAAGGAGUUCCGGGACCUGGACGAGACGGCGCCGGAGAGCUACGGCAACGUGGCGGUCAACCGCAGCGGCUCCGUCUCCGGGAUGCGCUUCGUGUACCUGCACCUCGACCACGCCGCGUCGCAGGCGAACAGGCUCGUGUACUGCGACGACGACGAGUCGUUCCUGCGCCGGAUGCAGUGGGCGAUCCUCCGGACGGACCAGUACAUGGUGCCCGGGCUCUUCUUCAACCCGACGCACCAGGGGGAGCUGGACCGCCUGUUCCCGCGCAAGGACUCGGUGUUCUACCUCCUGUCGCGGUACCUCCUGCACCCCACCAACGACGUGUGGGGCAUGGUCACCCGGUACUACAACGCGUACCUGAGCGGCGCGGACGAGCGGCUGGGCAUCCAGAUCCGGGUGCUGUUCGGCGGCGACAAGCCGGCGCAGCACGUCCUGGACCAGAUCCUCGCGUGCACGUCGCGGGAGCGCCUGCUGCCGGGGGUGGUCACCACGCAAGGGCCCGCGCCCGCGCCGCCGCUCCCGGCCGCCGCUGGUGCGCGUGCGCGGCGGCGGUCCAAGGCCGUCCUCGUCACCGGGCUCAGCGGGUGGUACCACGACAGCAUCCGGGAGAUGUACUGGGAGUCGCCGGCCGCGGACGGCGAGGUGGUGAGCCUGUUCCAGCCCAGCCACGAGGAGCACCAGCUGUGGUACCAGAACAAGCACGACAUGAAGGCGGCGGCGGAGAUCUACCUGCUGAGCCUCACCGACAACAUCGUCACCAGCGCGUGGUCCACGUUCGGGUACGUCGGCUACGCGCUGGGCGGGCUCAGGCCGUACCUCAUGUUCCUGCCGGAGAACCAGACCGCGCCCGACCCGCCGUGCACCAGGGCCAUGUCCAUGGAGCCGUGCUCCCACGGGGCGCCCUCCUUCGAGUGCACCAGAAAGGAGAUCGGCACAAUCAUCAACACCGGGCUCCUGCUGCCCCAUGUCCGCGCUUGCGAGGACAUCUCAUGGGGGCUGAAGCUUACUGACCCGGAUGAGGUGUAGGCGCCGCCGGCGUGUGUGUCGUCUCGUAUCCACCACUUUUCUUCUUCUUCUUCUUCUCUUCGGUCUUGUUUUCCAUUCGGGCGUCGUUGUGCUCUGUUUGCCCGGUCUUGAAACGGUGCACUUGUGCUUUGUAGAGCACGUAUACGUACAAUUGAAAUGGUACGGAGUCAGUUACACGUCAAGGACCUGAAGAUUAUAUUAAAUGAUUUCAUUGCAA